AUGGAUUUGAUAUAAAUCAAUAGUGGGUUUAAAUAUUUAGAUAUUUUUUUAAAGAAACGCUAUUUUAAUAGUUUAUGGAAUGGAUAAGAUGAUAUGCUUGUAGAAGAUAGAUAGGAUUAAGAAUAAAUACUAAAAUUAUUUAGACCUGCUAUGACAAACCAUAUAGAAGAGGCGCCUAGAGCUCAAAGUGCUAACUAAAGGAUAAGCUUUUAAGAUGAAAAGAAAGUUAGUUUAGUUAAUUAAAAAUAAGAUUCAGUAUCUCCUCAGACUCUUCCUAAAUUACAUUCUUUCAAGUCUAAGAAGUUUUUUGAUAGUUUGCAGUCGAGGAGUAACAUUAAUGAUUAACUAGAAUUAAUAGAUCAAACUGUUCAUUUUGAUAAUGAAGUUGAAAAUAUAAAUAGUAAUGGAGAAAUAUCUCAAAUUCCGAUUGUUAAAAGCACCAAAUCCAGACUUUAGAAUGAAAUUUUUUUCCCUAGGUUUUCUUUAAAUACUCCAGAAAACUCUUAAAAUAAAUCGAAAUCUUCAGAUAAACCUUUUAAAACGUUAAAAUUUAAUGACAUCGUUUAUUUAAAAUUCAAGCAGGAGAAUAAAAAAGAAAAUGAAAGAUAAUCAGUUAGAAGCUAUUUGGUUAUAACAAAUACAAAAAAUUAACUUGAAUGUGUUAGUGAAUAAGUUCAAUCGUUGGACAACCCAGUUGCAAAUUUUAGGAGAUGCUUGUUUUAAAUAUUGAACCCAAGAUAAUCAUUAGAAAUAUAGAAACUUAAUGCAAUUACUAGUGUUUAAAGUGCCAGCUCAAAUUCUAAAAAAUAAAUAUAUGGAACUUUGAAAUAGCUUAAUUCAAGUCAAUAAAUUUACAGCUAAUAAUUAGAAACUUAGAAGUAUCAGAAUACUCUUAACGGGGAUAAUUUAUAGAGUUAACAAAACUAAUUGAACGAAGAUGAUAAUGGAGAUUUACUUGUUUAUGGCAAAUAAGUUUUGCUUUAUCAUUAAUAUUCAAAAAUGUUUUUAACUUUCAAUCCUUAAAAGCCUGCAAAAUAGAAUGGAUGUAUUUAAUGCACAUUAGAGAAGUAUCCAAAUUCUUUCUCUGUAUUUAGAAUGCUUCCAAAUGACUAUAGUCGUAGGUUAGGAGAUAAAAUUUUCGACUCUGAUGUGAUUAAUAUAUAAGAAAUUAAAAAAGGAUUAUUUUUUUUAAAUGUUUAGGUGACCAACAAAAUUUUGAAAGAAAAUGUUCUAUCGAAUUAAAUUGUAUAAAGCAGUGUAUCUUAAAUUUAUGCUAGUGAAGAAUCAUCUAAGUUUAAAGUGAAAUGCUAUUUGGGAAGUGAGUACAUUGAAUAAAAUAAUGAUUUACCAGAGGACGGUAUAGCAUUCAAAACAGGAGAUAUCAUAAAAAUUAAACAUCUCGAUUCAGGAGCCUUUCUUAGUGUUUCUGAAAAAAAAUUCAGUAAAUAUAGCUUAACUUGCAAAGUGUAAAAUAGCUAAGAAGAAUAAUAAUAAUCUGGUCAUGGUGAUAACUUAGUUAUUAGAGGGCUAGAAUAAAGCAAAAUUUUUUCUCCCGAUAAUUUUUAAUUAUUAUAUGAGCUAGAGAAUCCUAAUUCUUCAUAUUGUCACUGGGAAAUACAAAGAUCAGAUCAUUACAAAGGAGGAGAGUUAUUUAGUGAUGAGUGUUUUAGAUUGAAAAACUUAGCCACAGGAUUGUUUUUAACUUAAGACUAAUUAAGAGUGGGGAAGUUAUCUUUGACUUAUAAUGGAAAAGAAGAAGAUUGCUACUUUUAUAUUAAGAAAGAUAAGACUACAAACGAGAGAAAGAAUAUUUAUCAACAAGAUACUUUUAAAAUUUAUAAUUAUGAAAGAAAAUAUGUUGCUGCUAAUUUAAUUGAGAAGGGGAAAUUAGAAAUUAGCAUUUAAAAAAAGAUAUCUGGAGUAAGCAUACCUUACCUUCAUGCAUUUAUUACUACUGAAAAGCAAGUAGUUGAAUUUAUUGAACAGUCUUUGCAAAUCUAUAAUAUUCUUUUGUAGUUUCAUUUUUAUCUGUAAAAUUUUGCCAUAACUUUAGACAAAUCUAAAAAGCAAACAAAUGAAAAAAUCAGUGAAGAUGUCAUUUCUUUUUCAUAUCAAGAAGCUAGUCUUUAAUAAAAAGCUUUAGAAACGGAAUAACAGUAAGUCUAAAAAUCACUCACUGAGCUAGAAAAUCUUUUGAUGAAAGACUCAACUGAUAGCUAAUUUACUAUUUAGAUGAAACAGUAAAUUUUGAAGGAAUAAAAAAUACUUGAGUUGCUUAUUUUGUUAGCUAGACUUAUUGAUGUUAUGUCUCAUGGAAGCAAAAGUAGUUAAGGGUCUAAAGACAAAUUUAAAUUUAUCCGUAAUAUUAGAAAUGUUAGUGAUAAAUCUCCUCUGUUUAUUGUAAACAAACAUCUUUAACAGCUCCCUAUUAAGAUAUACAACAUCCUUCUGCUGGGAUCAAAGUAAAAUUCAAGUUGGUCUUCUUACAUAUUUGAGAAUGAUGAUUUAUUUUCUGGCUAACUACGUUAUUAUCCAAAAGAAGUUGGUGCCUUACUUAAAGAAGCAGUUAAGAAUGUUGAAAAUUUCAAAAAUGAAAACACCUAAGGAGAGGAAAUUGCAGAAUGGGUAAGAUUAUUGGAACCUUUAGAUGACACAAAAUCAAAUAUUUCAGAUUAAAUAUUCUUUGUUGAGUUCAUAUGCUUGGCUAUAAUUGAUCCGUUACAGCGUCCCAUCUAAAUAUACUAAAAUAAAUGUUGCAGCGAACUACUGUCUAAGAAAGAUGGGAGACCGAUCAUUCAAUUACAUGAUAGCUCAAAUGCGAACGGAGUGAAUGUUUCGUUUUUUUAUAGCUAAAGACCUGAGGAUAUUUAGGCAAAUAAUAAAUCUUUGGAAGAUUUAGGAAUAGAAGGAAACAAAGGAGAUAGAAUUACUUUUUCUUUGGAGAAGAUGAGCAAAGAUUCUAUUGAUAAGGAUAAAAAUUUAUUAUAAUAUAUAAGGUAUAUUUCUUCUGCAUUGAAUUUACUUGCGAAUCUAUGCAGAGGAAGGAAUAAGAAUUCAAUUAUGAUCAUCAAAGAUAGUUUAGGAAUAAAUGAAAAUCAUAUUUUUAAUGCUCUAAGGUCAAGUGAUAUGCACAUAAGUAUUAAAACAAGCUUUUUAUAACUCUUUGAAGUUUUAUUUUUAGAUGAUGAGCCUUAUUUGUCACUUGCACGCUCUGAAAACAGAAACUAUGUUUGGGAAUAAAUUGAGAAGAAGAAUUGUACUUCUAAAACAGCUGAUAUUUUCAAGUAAGUUCAGUAAGAGCAGGAGGGUUACAUUUAAAAUGUGAAGUAGUUUGAUUAGAGAAUUUUGCAAAUUUUAGUUGAUUUAUGGGAAAAAGGGUUGCCUGAUUUUGAAUACAAUUUUGCAGUUAAUUUUCAAAAUAUGACUCAAAAAUAAAAAUAGGAAAGAGAAGAAAAAGGGAGAUAUUAACUAUAAUUUUUGAUUACUGUAAUGAAGGUUACUCGAACUGCUAUGGAUUUAGGUUAAUUUACAACUGAAAAAAUAGAAUUUAUAACAAAUUAGGUUAUAUAAAGUCUUAGUGCUUUUGUUGGAUUUAGUGUUUAAAAGAGUUUGUAUCAGUAAGAUCACUGGAUUAAAAAGUUUAUAAAUAAAAUAGUUGUCUUUGGAGAUUUCGACUAAGAACUAGAAUAAAUUAUAAUAGAAGUCUCAAAUAUAAUCAGACUUUACUUAAGGAUAAAAUUAAAUUUACAGAUAAAUGCAUUACUUAAGAUAUUUUAUUAAGAGUACACUUCUAUGAAGGGGAAAAAAUCAUAGAAAGAGCUCUAAGAGCUAUAUUAACAAGUAAUCCUCAACUUUAUAAUCAAUACAAAAAAUGCUUAAAACUCUCAGUCUAAAGAUUCAAAAAAGAAAAAAGCUGAUGUAUUAAAUAUCACUGCACCUGCAGUAUUGAAUAGAAUCGACGAUGCUGUCUUGCCUUUAAAUAAACAAGAUGGGGGAAGUGCUGGAAAUGGAGAAAAUUUAGGCAGUUUUAAUAUUUUAAGCGAGCACAAUAAUAAUUUACAAAACAAACUUGCAAUUUUAGAAUAAAAAACUAUUUUUGAAAGAAAAGAAUUAUUCUAAGAAGAUGAAAGUUUAAAUGCAUCUAAAAUCGAAAAUAUGAUAUUAAUUUUCCUCCUAAGCAAAGAGAAGCUGCAUUUUAAUUAAGCAUAUGACCACAUGACAGAGACUUUAAAAUAAGCCAUUAACCAUGUUGAAACAUUCUUCAAAGAGCUGAAAAAUGUAGAGCUAUUUUAUGGAGAAGAUGAAAAUAACUUAUACAGGAUGUUUGAAAUUGGCUCAGAAACUCAACUUAUUUCCUUCUUUAAAUUAGAAAAUUUGAUUGAUUCCUUGCUUUUUGAGGAGUCUAGUAAAAAUAAGGGACAAAAAAAUGAAACAGUAUCAAAUCUUAUAAAUAAAUAUAUUUAAACAAUUAAUAAUGAGUUUAAGAUCAUGCAUAAGAAUGAAAAUCACAUCCUCUUUUAAAAGUUUUAAAACAUCAUAAGAAAUCUGAGAGUUCAUAAAUCAAUCUCUAAACUACUCAUUUUGAGUCCUCAGUUUUAUUAAAGCACUUUGGAGUGCGUGAUUAGAUUUUUAAUUAACUUCAGCAAAAAUAAUGAAUUUAAUUAAAAAGAACUUUUGUACAGAUUUGAUGAUCUCCUUAAUUUGAUCAAUUAUGAAGUAGGUGCUGAAAUUUUACUUGGAAUUAUAUUAUAGUCAGUUUGUUUAAGGGAGCAUGAAUUUAAGCCUUAUUUAUAAUCAAUAUUUUAGAAAUUAAACUCUCCAUUUUCAACAAAAGCAGGAUAAACUCAUAUAUUUGAGAUGCUUUUAUCUGUGCUUAAGAAGCAAAUAAACAUUUAACAUUCUUAAAGCUCAGACCCAAUAAAAUUAUAAAAAAAAAUAAACUGCUUAGCUGAAUUAAUACCUGAAAACUAGCAAAAAAUACUUAAUCUUAUCCUAUAGAUAUCUCCAGUUUAGCUUUUCAUAGAAUCUCAUAAGCACUUCAAUGAUUUCUAAUAAAAAAGUAAAACAAAAUAAGAAUUAUACUAAGAUAUAUACAUGUACAAAAGCCUGAUGAAGUUACUCAGCACUCUUUCAGAGAAAAAUUAGCUAAGUAUAAUUUAAUGUUAGAGAAUAAUGAUAUAUGAAGAUAUGAAGUAGUUCUUGCUUAGUCCAUAAACGCCAUACAUUAUUAAAUAAGAAACUUUUAAAGUCUUGUUAUAAAUAUAUAUUCAAUAAACUGAAGAUUCAAAUCUCAACUUCUCAAUAACUGAAAUGAAUGAAAUUUUACAACACGUAAUUUUAAAAGACCUCACUUAAUUCUCAAAAUAUAUAGAAGGAGUCGUAUAUGUUGGAUAGCAUUCGCUAGAAUCAGAGCAGUUACUUUAAGCUAAAAUAAAGGAAUAUACCAAAGAGUUUUUUGAAGAUAAAACUUUAAAUGUUGAUAAGCCAAACCAACCAGGAUUUGCUCCUAAAGUAGCUCUGCAAAAAGAAGCAGAAAAUAAUGUAGAUAUUAUAGACUCUCCACUAGAGUAUUGGAAUUACUUAUAUUCAGGCCAUAAUUGGAACUUAACUAAAGAUGGUCUUUUAUAAAUAAUAUUAGACAGUUACUAAGAAAUAAAUAAAAGAGGUUGGACAAAUUUUGAAGCUAAUGAAGAAGAAAUACCCACCACAGAACAAGAGAUAUUAACAGAUUAGCUAUUAUUGAUAAAAUUGGUUUGUCAGAAUAUCAGAUGCAUCCUAAAAAAAAUAUAAAAUUAAUUUGACAUUGAUCUUUCCUAGUUGAUAUAUAUGCUGUCUGAAUGCAUUAUGAAAAAUAAAGUGAAGAAAGAGUUCAACAACCUUAAAAAUAUCAAGUAAGCUUAACUAAGCAUAUCUGGCAUGUAAUAGAAACUAUAUGAUACAAUAUCUGAAGAUUUUGAGAGCUAUGUUAAAAAUUAUGAAGAGGUCAAGAUGAUUCAGAUAGUUGAGCAGCUUAGAAAACAUAAUAAACUUUAUGAUAGGUUUUAGAAGCUUGAUUAGGUGCCAAAAGAACCAUCUAAAGAAUUUGUUUAUAGACAAGAAAGACAAACUUAAAGGUAAGCGCCUUUGCACCAGCAAUUAAUUAAACAAAGAUACUUAGAAAGCAUCUAAAUAUAAAAAAAUUCAAUUCUGACACUCAUUUUAUUUUAUGACAAAUUAAAGUUCUUAAUUGAAAGGAAAUUCCUAACCUUAAAAUAAAUAUACAAAACAUUUGGUGCUCAAUAGCUUGCAAAGGAAGGAAAUUAGCCAAUUAUUGAAUUAGAUAAAUACAGUGAAACAGCUAUUAAAAAAGAAGAAUUUAUAAUUAAAUUUGUUAGUUUGCUUAAAGAUAUAUCUCUUUAUGGAAUUAAAGAUGCAAAUUUGAUAAACUAUGAUGAUCUUAAUUUCUUCUUUGAUGCUUUUGCUAUUGUUUAUCCUUAAUAUAAAGAUUCUUACAAUAUUUAAGUCUAGCAAAAAGGUAAAGGAAAUACCACUUAAAGAGAAAUUACAUAACUAUAACUUAAUUUGUAAGGGAGCUUUAUAAUUAAAAAAGAUAUUGAAAAGCUUUAUUUCUUAACUAAGUUUACCAAAUAUAUUUAAAAGAAUUAUCAUGUUUCUAUAUAAAGUCAUGACUAAAUUGUACUUUUAUCAUUUGAAAAGAGCUUUAAACAAUUUGAAUCUUUUAAGUAUUUUAUAAAUGUCUUCAAAUAAGUGAGUCUCUAAUCAGUAAAAGAGAAAUCAUAUUCUACCUUUGCAAAUAAUAUUUUAAAUGAAAUAAUUAUGUGCAACGAAUCAGAUCAAAGAAGAAAAAGUAAAGUUUUCUUCGAAUAGUUAGUCACACUAUUAAAAAAGAAGGAUCACUAAUACUUUUUGAUCCUAAUGAACUUCAUUGAAGAGUUGGCUGCUUAAUAAAAUCAAAGCCUUACAAGUUCUUAUGGAUAGUAAAAGGUUCACAACUAAAUUUAAUACCAAAUUUAGUAGAUGGAUCUCUUUGGAAAUCAUAGUGUGAAUAGGACUAAAGAAAUUAGAAAACUGUUCCAUCCUUCAAAAUAUAUGAGGGUUUCUUAAAAUUUAAUUUGGAAUCAAAAGCUUUAUUAUUAGGUUUUGCUCACAAUUUCAGAUAUUUUUAUUGAAAAUUAGACUCUUUCUAAUACAAAUAAAUGGAUUUAGCCUAAUUAGUAAGAGACUUAAAUUUUCUAGGAAAGCAGCAUGAACAACAGCUUGCAUUAGCAAGUAAAGGCUUUACUGAUUAGGAAAAAAGAAAACACAAAAAUAGUACUUUAUUGCAUGAAAAUACUAAAUGGAUUAUACUCUUUGAAUCUUAAGCACUCUCAUGCUUAGUUACUCUCUAUAUUAAAGAAGCCUAGAAACAUCAAAAUAACUAGAAAUUUCCUCAGCUUCAUGAAAAAUAGCUUUUAGAAUUAUCUUCAAUAAAUAGAAUAAUUCCAUAAUUAAGAUGUGAAUUAAUAGUUAUUCUACAAAGAAAGAAAGGAAGAGCUUUAAUUGCAAGAAGAAAUAGUGCUGCAAAUACUCAAAGUCAUAGAAAAUUCGUGUGAACAUUGCAAUGAGGAGUUUUAAAACUUCUUUAGAAUUUAAAAUAUUGAAUCUUCUCAGUCUUAUGUUCAUUUAAAUAUCUUGAGAGAGAUCCUUUACUUCUUUACAAACUUUACUAAACAUAAAAGUUCCUAUUUUUACUCUUUUACAUCUAAGCAAUCUCAAUAGAAUAUUUCUUAACAAAAAAGAUUAAAUAUAAGAUAUUAUUUAUUAAUAAACUAAUGCAUUGCAACUCUUAAAAAUCUCUGCAACGGAACUUCUUCAAAAAAUAAAGAUUUAUUAUUAAAUAACACUAAUUUCUUAAUAUAGCUUAAUUCCAUAAUAACUGAAUCAAAUUUAGACUUACAAAGUGAGAAUUUAAAUGAUAUUAGAGCUCUUUAAACAGUUUCUAACUGUGUAGAUUUGUUAUUAACUAUUAUUGUCUGUUCAGAUGACUAAAACUCAUUGAUGAGAUUAAUUUCUAUUAUGAAUAUGGAAAAUAUAAUCAAGUUGCUCAAUUUUAUUUAUCACUUUAAAAUUAAAUCAAGACUUUACAUAAUUUAGCAAGAGCAGCAGUGCAUUCACUAAAACACACUUAACUGCAGUGCCAGUGUUUGUUAUAAAAACUUUAUGACAUUCCACGAUCACUUAAUAAUGAGACUAGCGUUUAAUUUUGUUAUAGCUCUAGAGCUAAUACUUGACAAUCUAAAUGAAGAUGACAUGAAUUUAAAGUUAAGAAUGCAAGAAGAAAACACUCUUUUGUUAAGCAUUUUUAUAGAAAUGAAAAAGAAAGACGAUUUUACAGAUAUUUAUAAUAGGGCUAAGUUGAGUAAUGAAGAAAAUUCUCUUGAAAACAAGCAAUCUUUAGAAAAGAAACGUUCUAAUGAUAGCAGAUAAUCAAAAAUUUACGAUUCAAAGAAGAGUCAAAUAUUUAAGAGUAGAACUUAUAAAAAGUUUACAAGUGCAAAAAAAAGCAUGACAUUACAUAAUAUACUAUAUAAUGAGAUUAAAGAAGAUGAUUCAAGCAAGUAAGAUGAAAUCGAUAACUAUCAAUAAGAAUAACUAGCCGAAGAUAUGGGUCUUCAUAGAGAAAGCAGAAUUUCAACAAAGUUUAAUCAACUGAAAAGAGAAAGGGCGCUUUUAAGAGAAAGCUUAAGCUUUUAUAUGUAAUUUGUUGGAAGUGUUGAAAUAGUAAAAGAAAAGUCCAUUUCUAAACUCUUCUUUAGAAUUCCCCUCCUUUCUUCCUAUCUCACUCAUAGUAUAAGAAAAAAUCUCAUAAACAAAGCAGUUGAUUUAUCAGAUAAAAAUCGUCUUAAGCUAUUAGUUAGGUACACUGAUUACUUCUAAUAAGAAAUGAGAUUUUGUUAAAAUCUUUCCAAGUAUCAACUCAUAAUUUUUGCUGUGGAAUACCAAAGUUAUUUAAUUAAUCUUCUAUUCAUACUUGUCUUGAUAAUCAACCUUGUAUUUUUAUUUAAACUAACUAUUGUCGAUGCUUCUUAAAAUCUUAGUGGAACAGGGGAAGUGGUUUACACAAUAAUUAGACUGAUUCAUUUGAUUUUAACAAUAUUGAAUAUGAUAAUUGUGACAAUUGAGAGAUAUCCAGUAGUAACUUAUCAAAAUUAUAUAGAAAUAAAAUAAAAAUAUAGGAGUAAAAUUAUGCAGUAAAUUCUAAAAUAUCCUUAGGCUGCUUUUGCAUUUGAUUUUGAUUUUAUAUACUACCUUUUCUAUCUUGUUUUAACCUUUUGCGCUUUAGGAAAUAUCAUUAUUUAUUCAGUCUUGCUUGUAGAUAUUAUUAAGCAGAGUGUAGAUCUUAGUCAAAUCCUUUUAAUAUUUAGCCUUAACUUUAGGAAAUUGUUUAAAACAGCAAUCCUUUGCUUUUUGAUCAUUUUUAUAUACUCUCUAAUUGGAUCAUUGUCUUUUACAUAGAAUUUUACCUAAAGCACUGUUAUGGGAUCAGUUGAUACGAAUUCAAGUAUUGAGUUCUAUGAUCUAUUUACAAUUACCCUUUUAGAAGGGCUUUUGAAUCCUUAGGGAAUUAGUUAAGCUUUAGUUAUACCUGGAACUUAAAAUAGUAAAUAUUGGGGAAGAUUUUUUUAUGACAUAAGCUUUUGGCUAAUUGUAAAUUUUCUGUUUCUUAAUUUGAUGCUCGGAUAAAUCAUAGACUCCUAUUCAGAGUACAGAAAUUUAUAAAAAAAAUAUGAUAAAAAUAUCAAACGCAAAUGCUUUAUUUGUGGACUUACUGUAGAGGAUUUAGAAGCAAAAACCUUAGAUUGGGAUAAUCAUAUAAAAUACGAACAUAAUUUAAAUAAUUACCUAAACUAUCUUCUCUACAUUAAAAGCAAAACUCUAGAUGAAUGUGAUGGUAUUGAAAAGUAUGUAAAAGAGUGUAUUUCUAAGUAAUAAACUGACUUUUUCCCUUAAAGAAAUACUCUCACAAUAGAAAGGUUAAACAAAAAAAUUAAGUGA